AUGGCAGCAAUAAAGGCAUGCAACAUCCUAAUCACUGGGGCCAACCGAGGCCUGGGUUUGGAGAUGGUCAGACAACUGGUGGAGAUUCCUUACCCUAAUCGUCAGAUCUUUGCCUGUUGCCGUGACCCUGAUGGCCCCAAAUCAAAGGACUUGAAAGAUCUGGCAAAGAAGCACCCAAAUGUUGUCAAACUGAUCCGUCUUGAUGUCGCUAAUGCAAACAGCAUCAAAGAAGCUGCCAAGAAGGUGGGCUCACUGCUGGGUAAGAAUGGGCUUAACCUGUUGGUCAACAACGCUGGUAUAACAGCACAUGGUAACAUGCUCACCACGUCAGCCGAAGAUAUGCACUCUGUUUUCAACACGAACGUGAUGGGUCCUUUCACUGUUAUCAAGGAAUUCAUACCAUAUCUGCGCACCGCCGCCAAAGCCAGUGGGACACCAGGCAUGUCCUGCAACAAAGCAGCCAUCAUCAACAUCUCCACCAUUUUGGCCUCUAUGACAUGCGUGGGUGAGAUCUACCCCCACUGGACUGCCUUCUCUUACAAUGUCAGCAAGGCGGCUUUGAACAUGAUGACAGUCUUGGCUGGAAUGGAUUUCAAACCUGAGGAGAUCCUUGUCAUGUCCCUACACCCAGGCUGGGUGCAAACUGACCUUGGAGGAGAGGGGGCAAUGAUUGGUGUUAAGGAGAGUGUAGAGGGUAUGCUGCGUGUGAUAAGUGGCCUCACUGAGAAACAGCAAGGAGCCUACAUGGACUACACUGGAAAAACCCUGCCCUGGUGAAUGGUGUGGGAGAAGCCCCGCGGGGA